AUAAAGGAGAAAGAUGUGGAUUCAACACUUGACGCCUUGCAAGCUCGUUUGAGAAGCCUUUUGAAUGAUAAGAAGUUCUUGCUCGUCCUGGAUGAUGUGUGGAAUGAAAAUCAAGCAAAAUGGGUUGAGUUAAGAAAUUUGUUGAGAUCGACGGAUGGAUUUUCUCGAAGCAAAAUUAUUGUAACCACUCGGCAUUCUAAUGUUGUCUUGAUAAUGAGUCCGAUUCGCCCUUAUAUAUUGGAAGGUCUCCCUCUUGAAGACUGUUUGACCUUAUUUACAAAAUGGGCUUUUAAUGAUGGUGCUGAGAAACAUUAUCCAAAUCUCAUUAGAAUCGGGGAGGAGAUUGUGAAAAAAUGCAAAGGGGUUCCCUUGGCAGUAAGAACAUUGGGAAGCCUACUGUUUCAGAAAACGGAUGAAUCUGAUUGGAUCUAUAUAAGAGACAGUGAAAUAUGGAGACUUGAGCAACAUGAAAACGAUAUUUUACCAGUGUUGAAGUUGAGUUACAAUUAUUUGCCAUCUCAUUUGCAACGAUGUUUUGCUUUUUUAUCCUUGUAUAAAAAGGAUAAGAUCUAUUCGAGUGACGAUGUCAUUCGUCUUUGGAUGGCAAAUGGACUCCUUGAGCAUCCGAAGCAAAAUCAAGAGUGGGAGGAUGUUGGUAAACGAUAUUUGAAUGAAUUACUGUCAAGGUGCCUCAUCCAAAAGGAGAACGAAUUUCGCUUGAAGUUUACCUUCAAAAUGCAUGAUCUGGUACAUGAUCUUGCAUUAGAUGUGUCUCAAAAAGAGUGUAAAAUAGUGAAUUCCGAAACAAAAAGGGUUGAUGAAAAUGUUCGACAUUUAUUAUUAUGUGAUGAGAAGUUGGUUGAAGUUCCACGUGUUUUGGAGGAAAUGAAAAAUGUUCGAACAGUAAUCAUCCAAUAUGCUUCAAAGAGAUCAAAGAUUGUUGAUAAAUCUCUUAUAAAUCUUUGUGUAUCCAAUUUCAAGUAUCUACGAGCAUUAGAAUUUAGGAAGUCGCCAUUGACGGCUUUACCGAAUUCCAUUGGUACCUUAAAGAGACCUUGACUUGGGCGGAUGUACCAGUAUACGUGAACUCCCGAGGUCUUUCAAUAAGCUUCGCAGCUUGCAAUCGUUAAAUUUGAGAGAUACUGGUUUGAAGCAGUUGCCUGACAGCGUGCAAAGGUUGAUUGAGCUUAGAUAUCUAGUAAUAACCAUUAAAGCUACACAUUUGAAAGAAAUACAAGCACGAUGUUGGACUUCUCUUCUAUCCUUGGUAUUGUGUGAGUUUUCCGAAUUAGAAUGUUUACCUGAAGGAAUGCAGUAUCUGAAGUCACUUCGGACACUUGUCCUGCAUUGCUGUGAUAGUCUUGUCUCAUUGCCACGAAGCCUGAAAUUCCUAACCAAGUUAGAAUACCUUGUAAUAGUUGGUUGCGCUCAAAUCAAUUUGAAAAUGGAUGCAGAAGAGGAAGAAGACAAGGACCUUCAGUUGAGCCUUAAAACUUUCGUAAUGGAUGAAUCAGAUGCCUUAACAGAUUUGCCACGAUUGCUUCUUCAAGGAUCUUCUUCCACUUUGCAGCAAUUACAAAUUAGUUGGUGUCCAAAUUUGUCCCGUCUGCCAGCGUGGCUACUGAAUCUCACUUCUCUUCAUGAACUUGAAAUUGUUAAUUGCGAAAAUUUGUCAGCUCUACCGGAGGAAUAGACCGCCUC